AUGGCUCAACAUCGUGAUUCAAAUGAUUUCGAAGAUGUUAGUAACAUAGAAACUCAAAUAGCAGUUAUUGAAGAUUCAGUUUCACUUCCGCCAGCACCUCCACCUUCAUCCCACGUUAAAAUCGACUUGAACACGACUUUUAGAUCACGUCCCAUUGGUAGUGCUGGUGCUAGAGUUGCCGACAAUAUUUCGACUCUUGCGCAAUUUUCUUUUAAGCAAGGAACCAACACCGACAAGUCUACGCAACAACCGUCACUUGUUGAAUCACAAAGGGACCGCCAAUUUGAGCCUCAGCAAAGGAAACAAACGACUAUUGGCGCUUCGUCCUUUACGCACUAUGAAUAUAAAUCGAGUUCUGUCCCGUCGCGAACUCCAAACUUAAGCAAUGCUUGGGAGUUUGCAGGGUGGGGUUCGACAUAUUAUUUUGAUCUUCCUCCAAAUAUGAUAGUUGAAGAUGAAACUUCAAACAGCCAUUUACUUGGUCAAUGGCGAGCUGUCAGCAUAUCAGGAAAUGAUCUUUUGGCCUCUGUCUUGUAUACCAUUGGAAUCACAACUGUAGUCUCGGGAAAAUAUGCUCCGUUAUGUUUCUUGAUUACUGCCUUUAUCCUUUACCCAUUUAAAAACAUUUUAAGUGAGGUUGGUACCGCGUUACCACUUAAUGGUGGCGCGUACAAUUGUCUACUUAAUACAUCGGCAAAGUGGGUCGCGUCUAUCGCUGCUACACUUUCAUUGUUAGAUUAUAUAGCCACCGCAGUUGUCAGUGGUGCAUCUGCAACCGCGUAUCUAUCUACUCAAGUCGAAAUCUCGAAUACGGUAACUUUCUGGUCGACAAUAGGAGUAUUGCUUGUAUUCGCGGGGAUUGUCUUGAUGGGGCUUCAAGAAUCUUCCACAAUAGCUUUUGUGAUAUUCAGUUUGCAUUGCUUAACGUUGACAUUACUCAUAAUAGUCAGUGUUGUUCGGUGGUGCAUUCAAGGGAAUGGUACAUUAAUCGAAAAUUGGAAAAAUCCUGGUUCGGGAAAUGCUGCGUUCGACAUAUUUAAAGGUGUCUGUGUGGGGUUAUUAGGUGCUACCGGAUUCGAAACCUCGAGUAAUUUUAUUGAAGAUCAAAAACCUGGCGUGUUUCCAAAAACCAUGCGCAAUAUGUGGCUGAUGGUAUUAUUUUUCAAUGUGUCCAUCUCGUUAUUGUCUACCGCCAUUCUACCAUUAUCAACCUUUUCUGAGUAUCCAAAUAGCUUAAUAUCAAUAAUGGGAGCUCAUGCCGGUGGUGAAUGGCUACGUACAGUAAUUGUUGUCGAUGCAGUGAUUGUAUUGUGUGCUGGAGUAUUAACAGGAUUCGUUGGAGUAACCGGACUGAUUGUGCGAAUGGCAUCUGAUCAGAUUCUACCGCAAUUUUUAUUAAUAAAAAAUCGCUUCACUGGCACUAAUCAUUGGAUAAUUCUAAGUUUUCUCAUUCUGUGUAUUACCUUGUUCGCGGUGGAAGGUGGCGAUGUCACAUCAUUAACUGGCGUGUUUUCCGUGUCCUUCCUGAGUGUACUAUGUAUGUUUGCGAUUGGAUGUAUUUUAUUAAAAUACAAACGUGGACGUUUAUAUCGACCUAUACAAACUUCUACCGGCAUUGUGAUCCUCGGAUUGGCAUGUGUGGUCAUCGCAUUAAUAGGAAACAUUAUUAUUGCACCGUCUAUUGUACAUGAUAAGAAUGAUCAAAAAACUCAAGAAACAACCAGUCGUAUUCUUUACGAACACGGAUGA